AUGCGCCCUCGUGGACGUGCCAUGCCGUGCCCAGAGUCGAACAAGAAGCACCGGCGUGCUCUGAAGCAGGCCACGCGGACCAUCACGGACCUGCGCAAGCAGCGUUCCUGGGCGGGGGCACUCCAGGUCUUGGCAGGCUUGCACACGGCAAGCCGACCACCAGAUGCCGUGGUGUACAAUGCCGUGCUUUCGACGUGCUCAGAUGCUGGCCGACCCUGGCCGCUGCUCCUGGCCCUCGUCGAGGACAUGGAGCGCCGGCAGGUGCGGCCUUCAUCCACGACCCAGAACGUUCUCCUUGGCGCCUUGGGCUCUCAGAGCGAGACCUCGCGGGCCAUUGACUUGUUUCGCUCCCUCCGCGCUCAUGAGCAAGAGCCAGAUGCCAUAACGUACACGCAGGUGAUCAAAGCCCAUGAGGCUGCUGGCCAAUGGGCGCCGCCACUCUCUUUGCUGAACGGGAUGUGCGCCGCCGGCACCACCCCAAACGUUGUCACUUAUGGAGCAGUCCUCUCGGCCAAUGUUGCUGGAGAGGAGGAGAGAGUCACCCAGAGGGCCUGGAUCCGAUCACUGAACUGCUGCGAUGCCAUGACGGCGCGAGGCAUCGAGGCGAACGUCGUGGUGUUUAGCACGCUCUUGGGCAGCUGCGGCAAGGCGCACGGUUGGGCCCACGCCCUUCAUCAUGCAGAGAGGAUGUCGCGCUGCUUCGUGCCAGUGAAUACACGGAUGAGCAGCACGCUGCUCACGGCCUGUGUGGCUGCUGCGCGCUGGCGCUGGGCUUUGUGGCUUUGGUCGGCCACUUCCGUGAAGGCGGACGUCAUCAUGUACAACAACGCCAUCGCCGCCUGCCAAGCUGCUUCCGCCCCGGCAAGGGCGAUGGCCUACCUGUCAGACAUGAAGGACAAGUCGCUGCGGCCAAGCGCGUCGUCUUACAACGCUGUGCUGGCUGCGUGCGAGGCAUCAUGGGAGCAGUGCUUGUCCCUGCUGGAGGAGAUGACAACUCGUGGCCCAGCACCAGAUGCGAUCAGCUUCAGCUGCUGCCUCCGUGCUUGUGCGCAGGGUGACCGCAGCGAGAUUGUGCAACGUCUCCUGACUGAGAUGCGGGAGAGCAAGUUGCAGCUGGACAUCAUUGCGUGCAGUGCAAGCAUCCCGCAGCGCGCGGGAAGUUGGCAAUUUGCCCUUGGCAUGUGUGCGUCGCACAUGCCGCACGCGGGCCUCACUCCCAACGCGGUCACGCUCAGCUCCGCCGUGAGCGCGAUUGAGAAGGCUGGUCACUGGCAGUGGGCCCUGCGUCUUGUCAGCUCCGCCGAGGAGGCCUUCGGCACCAAUCCCAGCUUGGAGGCCUACAACGCCGCGAUCAGUGCCUGCGAGCGCAGCCAGCGCUGGGCCUGUUGUUUGGCCCUUCUGACGGCCAUGCAGCGCACUGGCCUGGCUCCUGAUGAAAUCAGCUACAACGCUGCAAUUCGUUCCUGCAGCGGCGCCGCCGGCCAUGUGGCUGUGCAGCUCUUGGAGGAGCUGGAGAGCAAUGACCUGGAGCCCGACAUGGUGACUCUCAAUGCCAUCGCCAACGUCUACCAAGAUCGGCGGUGGUGGCAAGAGCUCUCGCAGAGCAUGGAGGAGAUCGCAAGCCUUGCUUUGCACCGAAGGUUCCUUGAUGCCAAGCCGCGGGUCAAGGAUGCUUUUGGUGACACAGCAUUGCACCGUGCAGCUGCCUUCGGCCACGCGGAUGUGUGCGCAGUCCUGUUGCUCCACCCACGCUUCGGAAAGCUCAGCAGCAAAGAUGUUCAAGGUCGCUCGCCCUUGGAGCGGGCUUUGUCGGAGCUACGCUCGAGAGGUGUUCCCCGGCAAGGGCCCGGAGGCUCCGCAACGCAGGCGGCAAGAGGCUCUCCGCGGCUUGGCGGUGACGCAAGCGCCGCGCGACUUUUGGCCGUGUUGCGGCACGGCGCAACUGCACUGGAGGCCUCGGGAGAGCGCGGAGAGGCUCUGCACACGGAGGCUCCAUCGACGCCGCACCCAUGGCCAUCCCAAGCCACCAGCAGCGAAAUCCAGGGCGUCUUCUCAGAGAGCCCACUGUCCAGGCCAGGGCUCGCGACAGACCAGAGCCAACCACAUCCUUUGGCCGGCCCUGAGGAGGAGGCGUUCGCGCUGCAAGACGCGGACCAUCUCCCGCCCAGUCGGUCGACAGUGUCACUUCGAGGCAUCCCCAGAAGUCCGGAGGCCGUGAUUCCAGACUCUGCCGUGCUCGACAGGAAGGAGGUCUGGGUCGGCCCAGCUUCUCCAGGCCACGAAGUGCAGAGCCGAGCUGACGGCGAUGCUGUCGCGGGGCAUCCCUUGCCAUCAAGUUUCCUUCACCAUGAUUCCUUGGGGCCCAUGGGGCCCAGUGAGUUGUGCGAGGGCAUAAGAAGACACCCACAGGCCAGCUUGCAGAGUGCCUCUCCCGCGUCGCCGGAGAGUCUGGCGCUGGGGAUUGGAGCGCCUGCUGUGACGAGUCAGGCUCUGACAGCAACAUGGGACAGGGAGGUGCAGAGGGCAAGUCUGCAAAUGGAGAAGUUACAGGUCACCCUUCCUGAAGAGGCCUUGUUCACGUUUGGAGCACCCGCUUUCGAUCAGGAUGCUGCGAGUCCCGCACUAGUAUUGCAAAGCGAUGGUGGCACGGAAGCAUCGCAGCGACUUGUACUCCAGCAUCCUCAACACAUGCCGAUGCCCCCUGAUACAUCCGGAGAGGGCAGCCAUAUCAGUGAAGGGGCCGUCGCCGACGCUGCACGCGGGGACCUGCCCGCAUCCGCGCCAGCAACUGAAGGGGAGCUCGUACCAAGCAGCCCUGCCGUCCGGAGUUCGCUUCCCACAGAGCAGCCUGCUAAGGAAUCAGAGCCGAACCUUGAAUCAGCCGAAUUAACCCCUAAAGACAUAGCUCGUGGCGAUGUGAUUUCCAAAGCACAAGACCCAGUGCUUCCACGAGAUCACAACCUCAGACUUGCAGAGCCUGCGGUAAGGGAGGGCAGCGGCAUGGCUUCCAAAGCUCUGGCUGGCUCCGGUUUUCAUGCCCAAGGCAUUGGAAAUCCUUCUGUCGAGGGAGACAAGUCGGCGUCGAGCGUCGCCGACGCUCUUGUGUUGAACGAUGUGUUGGAGCAAAUGCCGUCAGCGGCAGUCGAUGCCAGCAGUGCCAGCAGAGAACGAGGCACGCCUGGAGCUGAAGUGAAUUCGGCAAAGACGAUGGAUGAGCCGGGCGAGCCACCAGCAGUUCAGAUGAGCUCUCCGGAAGAUUCCCUCAAGCUUGUUCCGCCUGACACCCUCACCUCGUCGAAGCAUCCAACUACCAGCUCAGAGCCCACAGCCUCCGGCCCCGAUUUGGCCGUCGCCCACCAGACAGCUCCACCCUCCGGCCCAGCCUCCCCGAGCCAAGCGCCCAGCCCAACCGCGGCCGGAGCCCUCAGCGGAACCAACAUGCCCGCGAGUACGAAUCACCAGAGACAUGGGCCAGCCACUUUGGAAGAGGGGUCUGGAGAGUCAGGGCCAGGGCCCGCAGGAGAUGUAACCGUUCCCGUGGUUUCCACGGGCGCGGCUCCCGCGGUUUCUGGAAUCAAGGCAGUGUCCACUGCAGCGGCUUCGCCAGCUCAGGAAGACAACACACAGGAGCUCUUGCAGCAGCUGCGGGAACAGCAGGCAGCACUUCAGCGGCAGGUGGAGCGGUUGAAGCGGGACCGGGAGCGUGAGCGCGCGCGGCCCUUGCGGGCGACGGCGCUUGCGGAGGAGGAUAGCGCAGUUCGACUGGAGGAGGCCUCUGGUGGCGCUUCUAUGCAGUGGGCCUCCUCUGAGCCGUCCCCGCCUGCCGACAAGGUGCCGCCGUCAUCGCCACCUGGGUCAAACGCGGGGCCGUCGAGCCCGAAGCGCAGCGGACCGAUGCAGGUGGCCUUGCCGCCCUGCUCGGCCAGCCGUGUGCUCCAGAGGCGGAGUCCACUCCACGUGGCCGCCAAGGGGGGCCGCCUGGAGGUGUGUCUGGCUCUGCUGGACGAGGGCCUGGUGGAUGUGAAUGCUCAGGACAUGCACGGCUCGACCUGCUUUCACUACGCAUGCGCGGGAGGCCAUUUCCAGAUCUGCGCUGCCCUAUUGGCCCACCCUCCCUUCCAGGGCUUGGCCGCCGUGGACGCCCUGUGCUGCAACGCCUUGCACAUAGCGGCCGCUGCAGGCCACGGCGAAAUCUGCCAGCUCAUCUUGACCCAUGCCAUAGAUGUGGCAAUGCAUGGAACGUUCCACAUGCUGGUUCAGCAGCAUGCCUUCCUUUCCGGGGAAUUGAGGACAUGCAACGGAAUAUCUGGGGCCAGGUCCCCUUUGACGUGGCCACCGGCUCUGCCCGAUACGAAAAAACAUGGGCCCGAGCAAGCUGCUAAGAUUGAGGGGCACUGCACCUUCCUGUGGGACUGGGUCCGGGAAGAGAUGCCCCUCGAGAAUGACGAGGGAACUGCUCUAGAAGAGUCUGUUCGCGAAAUUGUCGCGAACUCCUGCUGCCAGACCGCGCCGAAGACCGAGAUUACGCCAGUAGAGGCGGAGGACGUUCUCGUUUUCGCCGACCAAGCAGGGCUGUGUCAGAAGCUCUUGGAGAAAGCGCCAGAGGGGCGAGUGGGAACCAAGAAGGUUGUCACGAAGCCCCCGCGGCUGCUCACCCAGGAGGACUGCGAUGCGCUGCUAUCAAAGAACAAGUACGACCUGCUAGUGGUUGGAUGCCCAUUGGACCCUCCGAAGGGCAACACCACCGCUGACAUCAUCGUGCAUCAGUCGGCGAUGGAUAAGUUUCUCUUCCUCCUGCUGCAGUCGAUGAUGAAGAAUGAGGGCUGCGUCCAGCGAAUGGCCGUUCUCACCCACGAUACAUUUACGCUGGAGCCAGCUGCGCACAAGCAGCGAGGCUUGAGCGUGGUAUCUGGGUGCACUAUAUUCGGCAUGAUGAACACCGCGCGGCAGGAGCUGGGCAUAGCGAUCCAGGUCAUCGAUAUUGAGUAUCUCGACCGGCCGGACAUGCUCCCGCCGGUAGCAUCAGAGAUCUUCAGGCUAGGCACGUUUGGAGUCAACACUGUGCGCCAAUGCUGGCCUUACCCCCUGUACCGGGGUAUCCGACACGACCAGCCACACGGGCGCUUCGUUUACCGGCAGUUCCUGUCCCAUGAGUACGAGAAGAAGGCCGCGAAGCCAUGGGAUAUGCCCAGCGAGGGCAUCAUCGCCAUCUCGGGCGGCAACGGCGCUUUAGGUCUGGCCCGGGGACUCGCCGGAGUCGCUGGUGAUCGACCCGAACACUUUGCAGACGUUGAGGAGCUCGAUGAAUCGCAGGAGAACGGUGACAGGGUGAGUGCCCGGCUGAGGAAAUCGCGUUUGGCGGAGACGAAUCCAAACAAGAAGAACUGGAAGCCCUGCCCUGGAUGA